AUGUCCCGUAUUGUGAAAACCGUAGUCGCCACUGGCGCGACAUCUGGGCUUGGAUUCGAGGCUGUGAAGCAGCUAUUACACCAGUCUCAACCUUACAGAUUUAUCCUUGGCGCUCGGGAUAUCAAGCGGUCGCAAGCAGCGUAUGACGAAAUCAAGUACGAUGCCGGCCUGCACUCCAUCUCGUUUCUGCCUCUCGAUCUCUCGGAUUUGAGCGAUGUCAAAUCGUUCGCCCAACAGACCCUCGACCGCUUGGAGAAAGACAAAAUCGACGUUCUUUUCCUGAACGCAGGAAUGGCGAAAGGAGCCGAUGGUCCGGGUCCUCACGGCUCUCAAUGGUGCGAGGCCUACGUAGUUAACCACCUUUCCCAGCAUUAUCUUACUCACCUCCUUCGUAACAAGUUGGUUGAGUCACACUCGCGUGUUGUGGUGGUGUCCUCCGGAGCAGUUCGCAACCUACGGGAGAAUGACCCUGCCACUCUCGUCACGGACCUGAAAGCCGGCUCAAAGACAGAUGGAUUUGUAGUCUAUAGGGCCUCGAAGUUUGUGCAACUACUCGGAGCGCACUACUGGCGGCGCCAAUUUGGCAGCUCCUGCGACGUGGUCGCUGUUUCGCCGGGGUUGAUUCCCAACACGGGCCUUGGCCGUAACUCAACUUUCAAGCUUGACAUGAACAUGCCGGAUGCGAAAUCAGUUGAGGAGGGUGCUUCGAGCCUCCUUCGUGCAUUCACGCGCGAUGACUUUCCAUCCGAUCCGGAGCAGAUUUUUCUGACUAGUUGGGGUGAAUGGUGGCCCAAGGAUGUUUAUGCUACAACAUUGGAUAAGGAACUCCAGGGAAAAUGGUGUUUGAGUAAGGAAGAAAUAGAAAAGGAGGCUGGCAUCUGA